UUCUCAAAAAGCACUUCCUUCAUUCAUUCGUUCAACACAAAUCAAACCAAACCAAAUGUAAAAAACCCCCUUAAUGAGGGUUACUACAUUUCCUGCUUUUCUGUAAUGUGGGUGUGGCGGCUCCAAGCUUUGAAGUUCUGUGAAAUCGCCUCACGGCGGAGAUGAAGGAGCGGCUGAAUUGGGUUUUGGGCUUGCUUUUGUUCAUCUCUCUUGGCAAAUUCUGUGCAAAUGUCUCUGCUACUGUAGAAGCUACUGCACUUCAUGUAUUUCGAUCCAAUUUGGAAGAUCCAAACAAUGUUCUGCAGAGUUGGGAUCCCACCCUUGUGAACCCCUGCACUUGGUUUCAUGUCACUUGCAACAAUGAAAAUAACAUCAUAAGAGUUGACCUUGGAAAUGCUGGAUUGUCUGGUAGAUUAGUUCCGCAGCUUGGUCAACUUAAAAGCCUUCAAUACUUGGAGCUUUAUGGCAACAACAUAAGUGGAGACAUUCCAUUUGAUCUUGGGAAUCUGGAAAACUUGGUGAGCCUAGACCUAUACUUGAACGCGUUAACUGGUCCGAUUCCCGACACGUUUGGCAAGCUCACACAAUUGCGUUUCCUUCGGCUAAAUGACAACAAACUAUCGGGAUCGAUACCGAUGUCCUUGACUAAUAUUUCCACUCUGCAAGUCUUGGAUCUAUCGAACAACCUUUUAUCUGGAAGGGUUCCAAAUAAUGGCUCAUUUUCACUCUUUACUCCCAUUAGUUUUGCAACUAAUUUGAAUCUAUGUGGUCUGGUUACCGGGAAGCCCUGCCCCGGGGAUCCUCCUUUUUCUCCUCCGCCACCAUUUGUUCCACAGUCGACGUUUUCUUCCUAUGAGGUAAACAAUCCCAAUGGAGCAAUUGUUGGAGGAGUGGCCGCUGGUGCUGCUUUACUUUUUGCAACUCCAGCUAUCAUAUUCGUCUAUUGGCAUCGACGGAGAUCACGAGAGAUAUUCUUUGAUGUUCCUGCGGAAGAAGAUUCAGAGCUCAACUUGGGGCAGCUGAAAAGAUUUUCACUGAGAGACUUACAAGUUGCCACAGAUAACUUCAGCAACAAAAAUAUUCUUGGUCGAGGUGGAUUCGGUAAAGUUUACAGGGGACGCCUGGCUGAUGGCUCGUUAGUAGCAGUAAAACGGCUCAAAGAAGAGCGUACUCCGGGUGGAGAGUUACAGUUCCAAACAGAAGUAGAGAUGAUUAGCAUGGCCGUGCAUCGAAAUCUCUUGCGACUACAUGGAUUUUGUACAACGACAACCGAACGCCUCCUUGUUUAUCCUUAUAUGGCUAACGGAAGUGUUGCAUCAUGCUUAAGAGAACGUCCACAAUCCGAAGCUCCUCUUGACUGGCCAACUCGAAAGAAAGUUGCAUUAGGCUCUGCAAGGGGUCUUUCUUACUUACACGAUGGAUGCGAUCCGAAAAUCAUCCAUCGUGACGUGAAAGCUGCGAACAUUUUACUGGAUGAGGAGUUCGAGGCUGUCGUCGGUGAUUUCGGUCUCGCAAAGCUGAUGGACUACAAGGACACUCAUGUUACAACAGCAGUAAGAGGUACUAUUGGACAUAUAGCUCCGGAGUAUCUCUCAACUGGGAAGUCAUCUGAAAAGACUGAUGUUUUUGGUUAUGGCAUUAUGCUGUUGGAGCUCAUAACCGGGCAGAGGGCGUUCGAUCUUGCUCGACUUGCGAACGAUGAAGAUGUUAUGCUGCUUGAUUGGGUAAAAGGCCUUCUGAAAGAGAAAAAGUUGAAGAUGUUGGUUGAUCCUGAUCUGAGGGACAAUUAUGAUGAAUUAGAAGUUGAGCAAAUCAUCCAAGUAGCACUUCUCUGCACACAGAGCUCACCCAUGGAACGACCAAAAAUGUGUGAGGUGGUCAGAAUGCUUGAAGGUGAUGGCUUAACGGAGCGAUGGGAGGAAUGGCAGCGAGUCGAGGUAGUCUACCACGAAACCGAAUUGGCAUCUUCUCAAACUUCUGAAUGGAUGGUCGAUUCAACCGAAAAUGUUCGUGCUUUCGAAUUAUCAGGUCCUAGGUAACUUAAAGGUUCAUCAUUUCUUAUUUCUUCUUUGAUUUAGAGUGCUCACUUUUUUGCUUCACAAAACCUGUGUAUAUGAACCUACUUAUAGAAAAAUAUGUCUACACAUAGCUGAAUUUUCUGAACUGUUUUAUCUAAUUCUCUUUGAUUA